AUGUUAGAAUGUCCUUCAGAUCAUGAUGACAGUUGUAGUCAAAUUGAUGAUGAUGAUCAUGAUGACGAUGUUAAUGAGAAGAAAAAAGGUCUUGUUACUUCUUCAAAUAAUACACGAUCAGUUUUUUUAACCCGACAACCAACAUUGUAUGACGAUAGUUGGCCAAAAAAACGUUCUAUAGAUGAAAAUAAAAUACAGAAAAUAAUUAAUAAUGGUGAAGCAACACUAUUAGAAAUAGAACGUAAUAAAACAUUAUUCGAAGAUUCCAAACAAGAUCGAUUAUUUUCUUCCGAACGAAAUAAAUCCAGUAGUGUAGCUGAUAAGAAAUACCAAUCACAUAAAAUCCAUUCAACACUACCAAGUGAUUUUACAGCAACAACAAUAACUGCACAGGAACUUCAUUCUAUAUCCAAUCUAGAUAAUAUGAAGACAACAUUACCUUUAUCACAAACUAAAACAAAUACAUCUUCAAUACGUGCAUCAAUAACAAAUAAAGAGACCCAAGGUUCUCUUUCAAAAAUUCCUAUUCGAACAAAUUCAUCAUCUCAAUCAAGAUCACGUAGUCCUAGAUUGAAGGCAUCAACAACAACAACAACAGCUAGAAAUCGACUUCUUCAUUCACCGACAGCUUCAUCAAAAAUACCUGUGCCAGUAUCAACAACAACAACAACAACAAGUAAAGGUGCAUUUCGUUUCUUUACUUCUGCUGAUCGAUCAGGAACAUCAAAAACAUCAGAAAAGCCAUCAACAACAGAUUCUAUACAAGCUUUAAGUAAAACUACUACACAAGUUUCUCCAUUUACUCCAAUUACUCAUCGUAAAACAUAUGCAUCAACAGAUAAAACAGUAUCAUCAGCUGGUAAUACACCAUCAGCUAAACAUCAACGUAUACCUUUAGCAGUUAGUGAUGAUGAAGAAGAAGAAUCAGACACUAAUAAUCUUAAAGAAGAUGAUUUAAAAAUAAAAUUAAAAGAACAAAAACGAUAUGGAAAAAAAACAGGAGAACUAUUAAAUCAACUUCAUGAAAAUUAUGAAGAAUUAUUAGAAAAAUAUGCUCAAGCAGAAAAUACAAUUGAUCAAUUACGUUUUCAACCGAAGAUUGUAGGUGAUCGUACACCAUCAUCAAAUGCAUCCGAAGGUAUAAUGCAUUUUAUUCAACAACCUAAAAUGAAUGUAUCAACUUUGAGAUCAAGUGGAAUUUAUCAUUCAACACCUGGUACUCCACUUUCAUCUAUAAUGCGUGUACCUUCAUCAGCAACAAGUGCAACAACGAAUACACCAGCUCCAAAAAGCGCAUCACCAGCUAAUUCGGGUACAAUAGAAUCGAUCUUUUUCGAUGAAUCUGUUCCACAAAAUAUCAUUGUACAAGAAUUAACAACACCAGAAACAGUUAAACUUGAUUUACUUCAUCAAACAAAAUCGUUAGGUGGAAAAAUGAAAUCAUUUAUAACGUUAAUGGAUGCUAAUCAAUUAAGUUUAUCUGAACAAAAACAAGUUUAUGAUACUAUUAAAGAUGAUUAUGAAAAAUUAUUAAAAGUAUUUGAUCGAUCAAAAAACGGUACUGAUUUUAGUGAUAUUGAUUUUGAUGCAGAUUUAAAUACGGAAUUAGAAAUGAUGAAACAAUUAUUAAAAGAAAUUGUUACACGAAUAACUGAUAAUUUACUUGGUAAAUCAGGUAACGGUUUAGACAGUGAUCGACAAAGUGGAAGUCAAUCGAGUCAAGUAUCUGCUCGAUCAUCUAUAUGUAAUCAUGGUGAUCUUAUGGAUCAAUAUCAUAAAUUAUUAGAUGCUGUUAAUACGGGAAUUUCAGAUAAAGAAAAUGAAAAAAAUUUAUCACAUACAAAAUUACCCAAUGGAUUAGAAUCAACGAAAACAACGUAA